GUCUCUCACCAGCAGACGUACCGCGACAACCAAGUGGAUACCAGCGAUUGUACCACGCUCCGUACCAACGUGUCGCGUCCAUUAAUUCCCCACAAUCUCCAACUUUAUCAAAAUACCCAAAAGUUCUAAUCCUUUCUAAGGCUUUUUUGAUUAGUGUAAUAAUUUAACGCCCAAAAGUGUCAUGAAUUAGACUGUGAAGUGCGGGACUAUAAUUCCUUUUCUGGAAUGUUAAUUUCCGUCCGUGCAGUGUCGAUCAAAAAGGGAUGUGAGCUACCGAAAAACUCUAAUCGGAAUGUCUUUAAAAGCCAGCGGAUUAGACCCCAAGUGAAGGACUAAGUGAUUAGUGAACCAUUUAAAAUGGAGGUAGUGGAGCACUUUCGUGUGAACAGCGCCCCGGGAACGGGAACGGGGCACCUGGACGAUGACCCUCGAAUGGAUACCAGUGACAAGGACCAGAUGUCCGACUGCGCCAGUGAAACCAGUGAAGUACUCAGCGUCGGUAGCGAGCCUACUCCCGCGACGGACAAUAUCAAAAAUUCUGCUCCCAAUCAUAUAAUCAGCAGCUCCAAUUUCAACCACAACCACAAUCACAAUCCUAACGUUGAUUCAAUGCCAAAUACGUCUUCCCGGUUGGAUUACCAGACUGAAGCCAUGAGUUUCUCCUCAUCGCGAACUCCCUCGCCGUCGCCGUCAAGCGGAUCAGCAAGCAACCAGCCGCCAAGUCCACAAAGCUCUUGUAGUUUGCAAAGAGCUUCUUCUCCAACGCCUUCGAUUAGAUCUCCAGCUUCUUCGCAUGCUACGCAAGCUUCUUCGCCAAUUCAGGGGGACAUUCAUGAGGCGAUUGUCUCCAGGAAUGUCUACCAAAUGUCUGGAAUCAGCCAGCAACAUCUGCUCAGCCGCUAUGCCAGUCGGGAAUCUGAGUUGGAUUUCACAAGGGUUGCUUUGGGAGGUCACGACACUGCUUUUUCGGCAAUUGAAAACCGGCUGCAUCAUCGGCUAGGUGCUGUUCCAAUUGUAACUAGGCUGUCGCCUCCAACAGCGGCUGUUCCUCUGGCAAGUUCCGUAUUUAGGCCGGCUUGCAGGGACUUAAGGGAGACCUCGUUGCUGCUUCAUCCUGUUCCUCUUCACGGGAACUUGCUUCAGCAUCAUGCCACUGCUUCUAUGCUCCAUCAUCACCAUCAGAAAGAGCAGGAACACAGGUUGUCCAUCAGCAAGCUCAUUGCCAGGGAUUCUAAGAGUCCUCAGAUCAGUGAUGAGGAACCUGCUCCUGUGGGGAACAAUUUGGCGAAUAGUAAUCACAGUAAUAGUAAUAGUAAUAGCAAUCACAGUAACAGCAACAGCAAUCAUAGUAAUAGUAAUAGCAAUGGUCAUAAUAAUCAUAAUCAUCAUCAUAGGAAUAGGAAUAAUGGGAAUAAUAAUGACAUUCAAGGGAAUCUUAAGUUUAGCAUAGACAAUAUUUUGAAGGCUGAUUUUGGACGGAGGAUCACUGAUCCUAUUUCGAUUAAAAAGUCAAGGGGGAAAAAAAUUGCUCAAAAGCCUAUUGAUCUCACCAAAGAGUUUUUGGAAUCGGGCACUGAAAGCUCCUCGGACAAAGUGCUCACUUCUGAUUUGGGAAAUAAUGGUUGUAGUAGUAAUAGUAGUAAUGUUAAUAACAAUUCUAGUUGUAAUGGGAGUAAUAAUGGUUCGGGUAACUCCGCGACGGGGAGCACGCAAUUAAAUAGUCCCUCGACUACCAAUGCCAGUUUGACCAGUACACCUGCGAGCGGGGAUUCUUCCAAACAGAUGCUUUGGCCAGCUUGGGUUUACUGCACUAGGUACUCCGACAGACCUUCUUCUGGACGAAGUCCGCGAACGAGAAGAGUGAAAAGAACGAACGAAGUUCGGCCCACGGGGAACACCCCUGAGGAAAAGCGACCGCGAACGGCUUUCAGCGGGGAACAGUUAGCGAGGCUGAAGCGGGAGUUCGCGGAGAACCGGUACCUCACCGAGCGGCGACGGCAGCAGCUUUCCCGCGACCUGGGGCUCAACGAGGCGCAGAUAAAAAUCUGGUUCCAGAACAAGCGCGCGAAAAUCAAAAAGGCCAGCGGCCAGAAGAACCCCCUCGCGCUCCAGCUGAUGGCCCAGGGGCUGUACAACCACUCGACUGUUCCUCUCAGCAAAGAAGAAGAGGAACAGGCCGCCGAGCUCCAGGCCAAGUGACUAUAAGUCCUUUAAUUAAUUUUUAUUAUUAACUAAUUAAUUAAUUUUUAU